CGCCCGACAUCCUUGCUUUCCCCAUCCCACCAUACGCUCUUUUUUCCAUUCUGUUUAUUCUUUUUAUUCCUUUUGUCUCGCAUUGAUUCCUGUCCUCGACGCCUCACAUUCACUCAACUAUCUGCCUACAUGCCUGGAGGGAGUACGUGACCCGGAUAUGACCUCAUAGUGAAUAAGACGACCACCAUAGUCUGAGUUUUUCAUUACAACAUGGCUUACAGGCGCUCCGAUUCGAACGAAGGUCAUCGCGGUGUCCGCGAUAGGUUCGACGGCCAGUUCGACUACCAGAACCGACGAGAUGGUGAAACAGACCGUCGAGAUCGUCGCGAUUUCCAUCGUUUCGGCUCUCGCUCGCUCUCUCCAGACCGAGAACGCAACUACAGAGAGAGAGAGAGGGAAAGGGAUCGUGAUCGACCUAGAGAUUUGGAAAAUCCGAGGCUCUCAACAGGGCCUCGAGAAAGUCGCCCCCAGCAUCGGAAUGUCUCAUCGUCGGCACAUACCAAAUCGAGCAGUUCAGCAGAUCCACGUCUCAAUCGGGGCCCAGAACCACCGCCUCGAAAAGUACAUACGAUACCGACAACGCCACAUUUGGCGAAUGACUCAUCGUCCAUGGCUAAGAUCAUCGCGGCUCUGCGACAGCUCUCACAGCGAAGCAAUGAGCAGGGUGCGUUGCAGCUACAAAAAGACGUGGUUGAGGCGCGUGCUCGAGCCAGGGAAAAGGAGCAUGCUCAGGCGCAACCCAAAUAUGCCGAGUUCCCGUCUUUGAAAGAUUACCAUCGUAAGCUUGAGAAGAGGGACGCUGAAGACUUGGAUGCAUUAUGCAAGGAAGUUGGACUUGCAGACAAGCAGUGGCUCACUGCGGCCGAAAGUGUCGCUGCGACCUUGCUCCAAGCUUUUGCCGAUGAGCAGCAAAAAAAAGGUGAUCGCUCAGGUGGGCCCAGCUCUGAAAACCUCGAGGCACAGCUCAACGCCCGCAUAGAUGCGCUUGACAAGCAACACAGAGAAGAAGUGGCAAAACAACAGAAGCAAAUAGAAAACCUUCGAAAAGGGCUUUCGGUCGAAACAGCUCAACGUAAGAUACUGAGCACUGAGAAUGAAACCCUCAAACAGAAGGUCCAAUACCUCCAAAACAAAUACACAUCUCUGACGACCAAGUUCGACGAGCAUGAGACGUCCAAUAAGCGGUUGCGAGACGAGGAAGCCAAGGCGGCGCUGUUGCCUCCAGCAACACAAACCACUACGAUUACCUCGGAAGAUCUGAUCCAAGUCAAGACGAUGGUAGACCAAUGUCGAACCGAAUUGACCGACUUGGAGGCAAAAAUGGCGAGGCAUGACCAGAAACUUGGCGAACUGGAUGUCGAUCUCAUCAGCGAAGGCUGCUAUUCUCUCGCGGCUACACUGCCACGACUCGAACAGAACGCCAAGAGGGCUGCAGAUGACAUUUCUGUGCUCCGGGCAGAUUAUGGUCAGCUCAGAGCGGACAACGAGAAGCUCCGGCUGGAUACUGAUGGUCUCCAGUCUGGAGUCCAACAGCUUCAGUCAGGCACAGAUGAGCUACGGUCCGACGCGCUUAUGGUCCGGCCGAGCGUGGAGCAGCUCAAAUCCGACACUGACGAGCUCAAGGCAGUUGCUGAGCAGCUUAAAUCUGAAAUGGUACAGCUCCGUUCAGGCACAGAGGAAUCGCAGUUGGCCGUCGAAAAACUGCGGUCAGCAAUGCAUGAACCGCCGGCAGGGGACUCGUUCCUUCCUGUCAAGACCUUUACAACCAUGAACACUGCCGUGUUCAAGACAUUUAGCGGCUGGAUUGACGACUUGAAGAAACGGGUGGAUGCCGUAGAGGGCUCGAUUCCAACACUGCAGACCGUUUCGAAGCAGCAAAAUGAUCAUUCCUCGCAGAUCAAGGCUAUAGAAGACCAAGUCAAGACGCUGGAGAAAGAAUCUGGCCAAAAGACGACUGGUGGUUUGGAGAACAGCCGUGUAUCCACGCCGACCCUCACGCAGAGAGAGUCGAUGAAUGCUGCACUCGAAGCGUUGAGGGCUCAGGUGGCGAUGACGGAUCAAAGCAUCAAGGCCAUAUCGGAAUCGGCUAGACUCACGAGCGAAAGCCAGGCGGCGCAGGCCCAACGGGCGGGCCAACUUGAAAAUGAGGUGCGCACGACAAGCAAACGAUUAGGGACUGCUGAGCAAGCGCUGCAAGCGAUGGGAGAAAGGUUUGGGAGAAGGCUGGACUUCAUGCAACAGAACUUUACGAGUCUCGAUUCUCAGAUGAACAACCUCACAACGGAAAGCCUCUUCCAGGCCAUUGUCCAAUACAUUAACAGGUACCAGCCUGGCGAUGGACUAAUCGGGCACCAGGUUGAGAGAAUAUUUCAACAGAUGACUGCGUACGAUCAGCGACUGACAAUGCUGGAGCGGUUUGUGAGCCCAAGCGAAGAGUCGGCCAACAAAAAACGUAGGCUCAGCCCUCACAUGGGACAGGUGGGCAUGCCGAACGGAGGUCGUUGAGAAAGGGAGUUGACGCUUGCCUUUGAUUCGCAAUUUAAGAUGUUAUCCCAAAGACGAGGACGGCGACGGUGCAUCGGGCUGGCUUGAGAUACCAAAGUGGGUUAUGCAGCAAUAUGCAUAUGCGUUUCUACUUUGAGCAGUCCUCUAUAGAUAGACUUGCCUGCAAAGACGGCAUUAUGAUUGAAGAUGACUCC